CGCAGUAAUCGACAGCCCCCUCCCAUGAUUGCAUUUGCACUAGAUGGAGCCAUCAAGCAGGCGCGCGCAACGCCGCGUCGGCUGGUUUACCUGUACGACCACUUGGCCUUGUACAAAUUGAAGGGCCGGCGGUAUGCGCUCCUCGACAAGCUCGAGUCGCUAGAGGUAGACGUUGUUGGCAGAGACUACCGACUCACUGGAAGACAAAUCAAUCGAGGACAACCCGUACGUCUUGAACGAAUGCACCUACAGCAACGCAAAAUCGGCGCUAUUCCCCCAUUCAACGAGUUGAUCACAAUUGUGCCCGAGCUUGAAAUUUAACGGCACAAGAAGGUCAAUACCAUGUACAUGCACAUAACGGCGACGCUUUGGCCACGGCGAUCGUCAAGUACAAGCGGCUUGAUGUUGCAAAUAUCCGGGAAGUAGCGUCAUGUAGAGAUGUCGAGGGAAGUUCCCCGGAACUUUUCAGACUCUCCUGACGUGGUCGACAUGACAGGGCACAGUCGAUAAUACUUCGACAACACAGCGAAAAUUGUCCAACGAAAGAAAGCGCCGUUAGGUCGUUCGAACCCCGGCGACCUCCAACUCUAUCACGCGCUCCAGAGAUUGCUCAUGGAAUUUGACAUUCACUGAACCUAGCGGCACGCGCGCGUCGCGGUUGACCGUCUUCGUCAUGCCUUUUAAGUCCCACGAGCUAUGCGACGGGUUUUCCGCCAAAAAAGCGUCCAGGCUGUACGGGACGACCACUUCAAUGUGCUCGAGGCCGCUGUCGUAAUGGCUCCCGGGUUUCGGGGAGGGCACUUCGAGCACAUCCACGGUUGCGUUCGGUCGAUGGGGCAACACGAUCGGUGUCGACAGCUUAAACGACGCGACGAACCGACUUCCAACCACCGAUUCGACAAGCAAGUGGCCCAAAUGCGGCAGGACCGUCUUGGUCAAGUGAGAGUACUCGUUCUCCGUGUCGCAUCGAUAGCAAAUGUGAUCGAUCUGCCACGCGUCGUCAAACUUGACAGGAAGCGCAUGGAGCUGCGCUAGAACGUCCGUCACGAAGAGCGGCGCGCUGGAAGUCAAAUACGCCAAGAAUGAGUCCGGCGUCCAACCUCUCUUGUCUGGCGGCGCGACCGCCAUGAAUUCGUGAAACUGACUAGUAGUUCCGUUUUUACUACUAGUAUGUCCGAACAAAAAAUCCUAAAUUCAGCGACACCGAUCCUGAUUGAACUGG